AUGCUCGCUCCCUUUAUAUUAUUGGCCUCGGGCCCCCUGGCCGUUCUGGCCGGCGAUGUUCUCCAGACCAACGGCUUCAGCUCUUGCCUGAGCGGCCCCUCGGAUAUCACAGUAAACAGGCUCAACAUCAAGUUCGACCGUUCGAUCAAGAAAGUCACGUUUGAUGUCUCCGGCACAAACGAGAAGGAGCAAAAGGUCAUGGCCACGCUCACUGUAAACGCGUACGGCAGGGAGAUUUACACAAAGACCUUCAACCCUUGCGAAGGAGAAAACAAGGUCGACCAGCUAUGUCCAGUUCCUUCUGGUACUUUUGGUGCACAGGGCGAGCAGACUAUUCCCGAUAGCAUCAUGUCGCAAAUCCCCUCGAUUGCCUUCAGCAUACCCGACAUCGACAGUCAGGCCAAGAUGCAGCUGACGGCCAUAGAUGGAGGUGCCGAUCUUGCUUGUAUUACGUCACAGGUCAGCAACGGACAGUCGCUCUCCACCAGCGGUGUACACUAUGUCGCUGCUGGAAUUGCAGCUGGUGCUUUGAUAGUCACGGGUAUGGCUUCGUUCGCAUCUGCAGGACACGCGGGUGCGGCCCAGUCGAGCCCCACCUUUGCCGACGUCAUCUGUUGGUUCCAGUCAAUGGCCCUGAACGGCAUGAUGAGCGCCGAUGUUCCCAUGGUUUACCGGAGUUUUUCCCAGAACUUCGCUUUCAGUCAUGGCCUCAUCUAUUUGGAGGGUAUGCAGACAUCCAUCGACAGCUUCCGCGCAGCCACUGGUGGCAACCUCACUCAAAGCAGUGUUCAGUUCCUCAAGAAUGCUACCAUUGUCCACGUCAACCAGAACAUGACCACCACCACUAAGCGCAGUCUCGACUCUAUGCUAUGGAUCCGCGACGAACUCAAGACCGACCUCGACGGCAAUGGUACCACCGAUAAUUCUGGUGAUAACAAAAUAAUGGUCUACGCGAAAGACAUGCAGGGAUACAUCCAGGAGUACUCAAUUCCUGACCGCAACGCUUUCAUGACAGUUCUGCUCGUUUUCGCCAUCAUCAUCGCUGCCGUCACCGUCGGAAUUCUUUUGUUCAAGGUCAUCCUUGAAACCUGGGCACUGUUUGGUAGCUUCCCGAAGCGCUUGACCAGUUUCCGUAAGCGUUACUGGUGGACUCUGGCAAAGACCAUUACCAACUUGAUUCUCCUACUUUACGGCAUCUGGGUUCUCUACUGUGUCUACCAGUUCAAGAACGGAGACUCAUGGGCUGUCAAAGCCCUCGCUGGUGUUACUUUGGCUGCCUUUACUGGAGUCAUUGCCUUCUUCACCUGGAAGAUCUGGAGCAUUGCGAACAAGUUCAAGAAGAUGGAGGGAAAGCCUGAUAUCCUCUACGACGACAAGGAAGUCUGGCGCAAGUACAGCAUCUUCUACGAAAACUACAAGAAGAGCUACUGGUGGAUCUUUGUACCGACCAUCAUCUUCACCUUUGCUCGCGGUUGCGUCAUUGCAGGAGCUAACGGCCACGGUCUUGCCCAGGCCGCCGGUCAACUCAUUGUCGAAUCCCUCAUGCUCAUCAUGCUUUUGUGGGCUCGUCCAUACUCUCUCAAGUCUAGCACCUGGAUUAACAUCACCAUCUCGGUCAUUCGCGUGCUCUCGGUUGUCUGUAUCUUGGUUUUUGUCGAAGAGCUAGGCAUGAGUCAGACAACCAAGACCGUCACUGGUCUUGUCCUUGUCGUUGUGCAAGCUUCGCUGACCGGUAUCUUGGGUAUACUCAUUGCUGUCAACGCAAUCAUCAUCUGCUGCAAGGAGAACCCUCACCGCAAGAAGAGAAAGGAGGCUGAAAAAGCCCGUGACCUCGACAACCUCACUCCUCUCGACGCACGCAACUCCCUCCUCAUGGACCCUCAAGAGUACAAGAGUGCCUCCUUGCCUUCACCGUUUGGCCCUCGCACAGCCGGCUACGAUCGAGUUCCUCUUGCCGAACAAAAUACGGCAUACAACGGUCCUGGUGGUCGCAACUUUGGCGAUGAUCAGGGCCACUUAUUAGCCGAUGCGUCCACCUUUGGUCGCUCGAACCCGCACGAGCGAAGCAGAAGCCGUGACAGCAGUCCAGGCCCAUACCCAGCCGAUGUAGAAGUCGGUUACCACCAACCACCGGGAUACGUCUCCAACGCUCCAUGGCAACCUGCGCCACAGGGCGGAAACAGAUACUAGAGUGCAACUGACUCUCUCGUAAUCUGAGCGAAAACAUGAGCGAUUUGGCCUCUUCGGCAACCAAUAUCUCCUUUUCUUUUGAUUUGUCCUUGCUCCCUGCAUUGCACAAUGGUAAUGGUUACUGACAAACAGAGCGGUCAAAAUCCACCAGAAAGUCCUAUCAUCCAUCUCUCUCUCUGUCUCUCUCAUCUUGCAUGCGGUGUGUCGCGCCGCCCGAUUUACGAAUCUUUCUUUGUGUCACAUUCCAUUAAAGAAGAUCUGAUACAAGCUCUUGUAAUCUCAUGCUGAGUUAGGAAAGGGUCAAAAGCCUGGGGCUUUGUUGCCCACAUCCGCUCAAAAAACCCCACAUUUGUAUAUUCUUGCAUCCUUUUACAGGCGUAGUCGGUGACUGCGGACGGGGAAUGAGGGAUGGGAAAGUAGAUAAAUCAGAUGCGAUACCAAAUACCCAAUAUAUUUUAAUUUGAAGCUUUUGUA